GCUUUCAAAUACGCUUUUUAAAGUCUGUCAAGUUGUAGUUCAGGCAAAAGGUGUGAGAUCUGUAGACUUGCACUGACACAUUGACUUUGCGGAUGAAAUGUCCUGUGUAUUCCUCUGAGAGUGUCUGACUCGAGUGUUGUCUCCAGAGAGUCGAGCUGCUGCUCAGUUGAGCGUCUGCUCUUCCAAGGACAGGAGCCUCGUCUAAGGCUCUGACAGCGAACCGGGAAGAUGCUUUCUGGAGUCGUUCAGUUCACACUAGCAGCGCUUUUGGCUCUGCUGCCAUGGUUGUCAUGUUUCAAUGUAGACGAGAAGAACCAGAUGUCAUUCAGUGGACCAGUGGAGGACAUGUUCGGAUACACCGUCCAACAAUUUGAGAACAGUGAGGGAAAGUGGGUUCUGAUUGGUUCUCCUCUGACUGGACAGCCAGCUAAACGCACUGGAGACGUCUACAGGUGCCCUGUUGGACAAAAUGUAAAAACUGGAUGUGAAAAAUUCCUUUUGCCAGAAAGCACAACAAUUCCCAACAUAAAUGAAGUGAAGGAAAACAUGACUAUGGGGACAACGCUGGUGGUUAACCCAGACGGCAGUGGCUUUCUGGCCUGUGGUCCUCAGUACGGCUACAUGUGUGGAAAACAGCAGUACAUCACUGGGAUCUGCUCGAAUGUCAGCUCCUCCUUCAAAGUCCUCAACUCCAUCGCUCCGACUGUACGAGAGUGCAAGCAGGAAAUGGACAUUGUCAUAGUGUUGGACGGUUCCAACAGCAUCUACCCCUGGGAACCCAUCACCCAAUUUCUGGUCAAAUUUCUCCAGAAAAUUAAAAUCGGACCAGCCCAGGUGGGCAUCGUGUCUUAUGGAGACAAUGUCAGCCACGAGUUCAACCUCAACAAGUUCAAUAACAAAGAAGACCUUCUCAUUGGAGCUGCUAAUACAAUUCAAAUAACCGGCACAAAAACCAUGACCGCUCUCGCCAUCGAUACAGCAAGGAAAGAGGCCUUUACAGUGGAACGAGGAGCAAGACCAGGGGUCAAAAAAGUCAUGGUGAUCGUUACAGAUGGAGAGUCACAUGACCACCACAAUUUAAAAAAUGUAAUUGAUGAGUGUGAAAAAGAUGGGAUUGAGCGGUUCGCUGUUGCUGUCCUUGGUGACUAUAAUCGAAAAAAUAAAACCAGUGAAGAAAUAAGCAAGUUUACUGACGAAAUUGAAUCCCUUGCUAGCAAUCCCAAAAGUGAUCAUUUCUUCAAUGUGUCGGAUGAAAUAGCACUAGUGACCAUCGUGGAUGCCUUGGGAAGCAAGAUCUUUGCCUUAGAGGGCACAUCAGAGAAACACACCUCCUCAUUUGAGAUGGAAAUGUCUCAGUCGGGAUUCAGUGCUCAUACGUCUAAAGCAGGUGUGAUGCUGGGAGCCGUGGGCGCUUUCGAUUGGAACGGGACUGUAGUGAUGCAGUCUGGCCAAGAGUUUGUCGUUCCCAAAAAAAACAGCUUCCAUGACCCUGUAAAGCAGAGAUACGAAGGCAUGGCGGGAUACGUAGGUUAUGAUGUGCAGUCAGCACACACACCCCACGGUGUGCUGUACAUCACUGGUGCACCACGGUUUAACCACAGCGGCCGGGUCACUGUGUACCGCUUCGACGGAGAAAAUGUCACCAUAUCACAGACCCUGGAAGGAGAGCAGAUCGGCUCCUAUUUCGGCAGUGUUCUCCAGACGCAUGACAUCGACGGUGACAGUUACACUGACAUCCUUCUGGUAGGAGCUCCCAUGUAUAUGGGUCCAGAGAGGGACGAACAAGGUCAAGUCUACAUUUACAGACUCAAUGAGAGCGGGCUGUUUGAACACGAGAUGACGCUGAAGCCGGUGAAUCAGACGUGCUGUACGUCUCACUCCCAGAGCAACUGUAAGAGUGUUAAUAAGAACGAGCCCUGUGGCGCACGCUUCGGUACGGCCAUCGCUGCCGUCCCCGACCUCAACCUGGACGGGUUCAGUGACAUAGUGAUCGGAUCACCUCUGGAGAACGACCACAGAGGGGCGGUGUAUAUUUACCACGGCUCUAAGAAAUCAAUAAAGGAGAAGUAUGUACAGCGCAUUGCCGCUGGAGGAGACGGAGAGAGCAUGAAGUUCUUCGGGCAGUCGAUACACGGCAUCAUGGAUUUGAAUGAUGAUGGCAUCAUCGACGUCACUAUCGGAGGAAUAGGAGGAGCCGCGCUUUUCUGGUCUCGGGAUGUCGCAGAGCUUCUUGCCAAUAUGACCUUUGACCCUGACAAGAUCAAUCUGCAGCAGACCUGUCAGGUUCAAGGGAGGACCACAGUAUGUGUGAAGACCGAAGUGUGCUUCCAAUAUCGAAUCAAGUCUGACAAACACAUGCACACAGAAACGGUCAUCAGGUACAGUUUGACUCUUGACUCGCUGAGAGCGAUUGCUAGAGGACGGUUUAACGAAACGGACAACAGGAGGCUUCAGAAGAACGAGUCCAUCGUGGACCAGUUUUGCAGAGAGCACACCUUCUACACGUCGGAUAAACUGGAUUUCAGAGACCCCAUUAUGGUCACGCUGGAAUUCGGUUUAGCGGAUGAAGACUCGGGUCCAGUUCUAGACGGGGAAUUACCGACGUCACUCAACAAGACUAUUGCAUUAGUGGACUGUGGGAUUAAGGACAAGUGUGUUGCUAAUCUACACCUUAAAGCCACUGCAAAGAUCUCAAGACUUCUCAUAAAAAAAAGCAACCAGGAGAAGUUUAAUGUCAAUAUUGACAUCCACAACAGUGGAGACAGUGCUUACAAUUCUAAGGUUACACUGAGCCACACGGGAAAUAUCCACUAUGUGAAUGUCGAGCCCAAAGAUAAAGAGUGUGAAACGAAUCAUACCAGAAUAGUAUGUGCAGUUGGAUAUCCUUUUCUUAAAACUGGCAAAAAGGAAAGCUUCAGAAUCCAGUUUGAGCCUAAUGCCUCUCAUAUUCCUGAGAAGAUUGUGAUCAAUGUUACUGCAACCACUGACAGUGAGGAGUCAGAUUCAGACUUAAAAGACAACUUUGUAAGCAUCGUCAUCCCUGUGCAGCUUGAACCCGACCUGAGAUUCGAUGCUAAAAAGUAUAUGAAGGAGGACCACAUCAUAUUAAAAGAGAAGGAUACGAUACCCAGUGUUUUCAACCACACUAGUCUGAUCGGGGAUGAGGUGAAGAUCAACUAUGAGAUUGAGGUUGAUCCUAAAAUGCCGAGUCCUGAACUGCUGCUCAACAUAAUAUUUCCAUAUCAAACGCCUGUCAAAAACAUGCUGCUGUACUUGACAGAUGUCAGCCCCUCACCAGGCAUCAGCUGUAAUACCAACACCCUGAUUAACCCUUUACGGAUUAAGCCUGACAAUGCUUAUACAGUGAAUCCUAAAAAAGAGACCUUGAGUGUAUAUCUUUUGAGUUGCAAAGAAAAAGUAAAUCCCUGCAUGACAUUAAACUGCUCCAUCCCACCUGGAGGUUUAAGGCAUAUCAACACCACGUUCAGAGUGUGGCGACCCACCUUCAUCAAAGGAGAAUUUUCCAACAUUCACAUGGCCGUCGAUGCCAACCUGGAGACCAAGGACGCGGACCUGUAUGUGUUAAAUGACAACGUCAAGAAUAGAGAGGUGAGGAUUCAAGUCACCAAAGACAUACGAAGUGGAAUCCCACUAUGGAUUAUAAUCCUUAGUAUUCUGAUAGGACUCUUAAUUCUGGCACUUGUCAUCUUUGCUCUAUGGAAGGCUGGAUUCUUCAAGAGAAAAACAGUCGAGGACAUGAAGGAAGAUAUGAAAGACUCGAAAUGAAGCUUGUGGAUCUGUAGCCUCCAGCCCUCAGGUCAACUCAAACUUCACCGCUAGCCAAGGUCAUGGAGAUCACAAAGCAUCACCAGGAACGUUCAGAAAUAUCAAGAUCAGAGUCAUGUAGGACAAAUGGGUUCACAACUAAAGUAUUGUAGAGCAAAGAGAACCCAGCGCUUUGCUUGAAACGUUUGAAUCUUCAUGUUGCUCAUGCUCACUGCAAAAUUCGACUGAAUGUGAACUCGAGUAAACCUCUGAGAUGCCACAAGAUUGGUGGACAUUUUGCCAAACCACGAGUCAAGCUUGGACAGCAAAGCACCAAAGGUUCAUCUUGUCUGAACUCAACACCCCACCAGCCAACCUCAGACACUCCUCUGUAAUCCUCCAAUGCCAUUCAUCAUCAGCAUAGCAAGGACCAGAAACCUGUCCUGACAACAUCUACAGAGAUCUGCAAUCCCGUAAUCAGAACCAUACACUGGUAUUUCACAAGAGGUUUAUUCCAGUAACUCACUCUUAGAGCUUGUUUUGACGAAGCGCUGUACAGUGACGUUUUUCAUUUCAAAGCAUUUGUUUUGAUUGGUGUUAUGGGCUAUGAUUAUUGGCACAUUCCUCUUUUUGUUCACUGUUCAAGCAGUUUUUUGGCACUGAUGUUUUUCACACUUUUUGUCUUCAAGUAUGAAGAGGGAAAGGUCUGUACUGUAAAUGUAAAGCUUUAAAGUGUAUAUAAAGUAAUGUUUGCAAUACCAUGUUGAUGAUAAAGUAAUGGCUUUAUCAAAAUGAUUUCAACAUCUGUAUUCAGUCUUGUUUCCUGAGGUAGAAAGCUUGUCGUUGCCCGCAGUAUUUCUCAGGCAUUCCAGAAGGUUGCAUUGAAUGUCUGGAAUCAUCAAAUUGGACAGCCCACUUUCUUGUUCAAUUUUUGCCAUGUGUAAAUAUAAGGAAAACAAUUACUUGACUGAAACAGAAAUGUUAAAGCUAAAGAGUGUAAUUCAUGCACCUCUAUAACGGCACCAAACUAAAUAAUGACUGUUUCCAAACAGGAUUCCCAAACGCUCUCCUAUUGGUCAGUAGCCCCGCCCUAAACUCACACCAUUGGUUAAGUCAGUGUUGCUGUUGUCAGGAAGAUCAAACAAACAGAAAUAUUUGGAGAUUACCAGAAAGACAAGGUGCUUGUACUUUUCAGGUGAUUAGUCUAAAAAUGACUCUUUAUAUUAAUUUGGAGUAGAAGAGAGUUUUUUAACAAUAUAGAAAAUGUAGGUUAUGAAUCCCAAUAAAUAUCACACACACACACAUACAUGUGUGGUUAAAUUAUACAAAAUGCAAAAGGAGACUAAAUUACAGAUAUUGCAAAGGGUGCAAUCAAAGAUACAUAUAGAGUGUAAGAGUGCCUUAAUUUAUGAAGCUCUGGGUCUUUGAAUGGGAAGAAGAAUUAAAGCAAGAUUAAAGCAUGAAUACAUUUGUAAUUAAUUAAUGAUUCAUUAAGCCAUUGUUUUGUGGUAGUUGCAUUGUUUCUGCUUCCAAAGUUGUUGUUGUUUUGUUUGUUGGUUUUUCAGGGGGGUUUCUUUUUAAGUCCAUUUUUUACUUAUCCUUAAAAACCAUGUAAGCAAAUUGCAAGGCCAUUGAAAUAUUUUGAUCAGCGCAAAGCACCACAAUUUGUCAGUUUUCAACAUGUUCCUGUUUUUGCCAAAUGUCCAGUUUAACCCCCAAAUGUGAAUAUUUUAUUUUAUAUUUUAUGUUAUAUUUAGAGAAAGAGAACAGAAAGAAAGUGUUUGCCAAUUCUGUUUUUCUGCUUUACGAUUCAAAAAUAUAAUUUAAUUAUUCUUUAUUUUAUUUAAUUGGUGGUUUAAAUGAGCACUCAUUUGUUGGUGAAAACUGAUUGACAAUUGAGUUUUUUUUUCCUAGUAAAGCAAAAAAAAAGAAUGCAUGCAAAGAUGUGAACAGUGUUGUGCAAGUUUCAGAAAAAGGGCUUUGUUUCUUAUUCAUGUGGUACUGCCUUAUUAUGUGUAAGAUAUGUGUUAUUAUAUAACUGUCAUUUCAACACAAGAAGCUAUUUUUUCUUUAAAGUUGGCAUGAAAUUAGUUUUUGCUGUGUGGGUUUAAAAGGUGUUCACAGACUCAUAUUUUGCACUGCGAAGUCAACAUCCACUCUCAUUUUUUUGUCAUUUAGACACUUUUUUUUGUUGAAUAGGACGCCAAGAUUCUAUUGUAUAACAUAUUACAAUCAACUGCAUUCAUCUUUCAGUGACACAAAAACUAAAUAAUUUGGUGAAAACAUGCAAGAUAAUCAAGCCUCACUCUCAGAUGAAGACCAUCAGUCUUGGGCACCUGUCAGAUUCUCUGCUGUGAAGUUUCUAUAUAAUGCACUGGUUUGUCAUAUUGUACAUACGUUUCAGCACGGAUUUAAAAAGCUUUGCACAUAUUGUCGAAAAAAUGUGCGCUUGUCAAAACAAUAAAUGCUAAUUUUGACAUUUAGACCUUUUAA